UAGAGCUCGUUGGAUUUCGAAAUAAUUUUCUAUGCAUUUUCGCUGCGAAUGAAGUCAAUACUAGGCUUAUACUAAAAUAAAACAGGGCCUAAAUUGUAUGACCCGAUUGUUUGCGCAUGUCGCAAGUUUUGUAAAUGAUGCGCACGCGACUCGAAUCAUUUUAAAUAAAUUAGCUUUGGAGCAUUUUGUUUCUAUACGUAGACUUUAGCUAGGUUUUUUAUUUUAAGUAGAGUGGAUAUGUUACAAAAACAGGAAUCAUCCAGGCAUUCGGAAAAUGAAGACGGUCGAAAUAAGAUUGUUAUACCCUUAAAAUCAAUUCUUCUGUUUUUGGUAUCUUCUGUAGUCACCUCUAUCGUUGUUGAUUUUGUACCACAAACGAAUGAUUUUAACUGGAGAUGUAGAAGUAUACCAACAAGUGAAAUAGUGAAUAAUUCAAUAAUGAAUGCCGAAAAAACCUACGCAAUCUAUAGUAGGAGCGCAAACGAAGAUCACUUAAGACAUGUUUUUGAUAUCUUUGAGAAAUUCGGAUACCGCAGAGUGAGCAUUGAAGAAAAGUGGGAUGUUUUGUGGUGUCACGAUUACCCAUUUAUAAAAAUGCAACAACGUAUGAAAAAUUUAUCGAAACAACAAAUUGUAAAUCAUUUUCCUGGCUGUGGUUAUCUGACUAAUAAAGUCGAUUUAUCAACGACCAGGCUUCCUUUUCUACCUCCCGCUUUUCGUUUGCCGUUGCAAAGAAAUGAGUUUCUCAAAUACACCCAACAAAAUCCACUAGCUACAUUCGUGGAAAAACAUAAUGAGCACAGGAAUAUUAUAAUAAAAUCCCCAGAUCAAAUCAAUUUGAAUUCUAAUAACACGUUCGUUCAGGAAUUUGUGCAAACUCCGUUCCUAGUUGAUGGGUACAAGUUUGAUAUUGGAGUUUAUGUUGUGAUUACUUCUGUUAACCCUCUAAGAAUUUACAUCUACAGUGGCGAUGUUCUACUUCGUUUUUGUCCCGUAAAGUAUUAUCCUUUUAAUGCUUCGAACAUAGACAAAUACGUAGUAGGGGAUGAUUAUUUACCCACAUGGAAACUUCCAUCUCUUAAAAAAUACUAUAAAUACCUGGGCGGUGGCAUGCGCGACUCUUUUGAUGCAUAUGUUAGCGAGCAAAAUUUGGAUCCAUCGAUAAUUUGGGCCCAAGUUGAAGACUAUAUUCGAAUCACGAUUUUAGCAAAGGAGAAGGACAUUGUAAAUAUUUUACAAUCUUACAAAAUACAAAAUUUUUUCGAUUUAAUUCGAUUUGAUUUUAUUGUCGAUGAAAAAUUAAAAGUUUACUUAAUGGAAGCUAACAUGUCACCCAACCUCUCAUCAGCUCACUUCAAGCAAAAUUCCUUAUUAUAUGAGCAGAUUCUUUACAGUGUCUUCAAUUUGGUUGGAAUCGGAUCACCUUUAAAGUCUACGCCUUUGUUAAGAUUGGAACCCGGCGAUGAAAUUAUAUCUACCGAAAAAAAUUUAGCGACAAAUUUGAACAUAUGUGCCCUACAUGGCUGCGAUACCUCAUGCAACAGAUCGGAAUGUGAUUUGUGUUUACCAUGUCUUAGUGGAAGUCAUUAUGAGGUUUUAACCAAAGCAUACCGUGAGCACUUACAUAAAGUCAACAUGAAACGUAUAUUUCCCCGGCCAGUGUCCAACAUACGCAGCUUCAAUAUAAGCGCAGAGGUGGAGUCAAUGACAAAACGAAAUUCAUGGAUGACAAGAUGGUUUUAUUACAAAUGUUUAUACGACUCUUUUUGGUGCCAUUAAUUAACUAUAACUUAUUAAGGUCUUAUUACCUAUGCAUCCAUAAUUAAUUAAAUUAUUUAUAUACGAAAA